AAAAAGAAAGCUACUGCCUUGAAACUAUUCUAAUGACUAUCUUCAAACAUGUGCUAUAUAAUUUGGAUUUUGUUAAGGACUUGAUUACUAGGAAUUUACUCUGAAUCUACUUAUUUCAAAUAAAUUACUAGGAUUAUGACCAUGACUAUGACCGUUAUAUGGAAUUGGUUCUUGAUUUCCUCCUCCAAAUCCAAGUCGUUUGUUCACCUAAUCAGAGUAAGGAUGCUUCAUAGAAAUGGGAGCUAUAUGUGGAAAAAUAAUAGGGAAAAUAAUUAUUAGACAUGUUUGUGACUAAUGUUUUCUGAGUCAAAUUAUAUGAUAAUCAUUUUGCAGUAAAGGUCUGAUUAUCUAAGAUUCAAGAAGUUCAAUUCUAAAAUGGAGAAUAAAUAUUUGCAUUUAUCCACAGUUAUUUUACCCUCUUCUUCCUAAUCUUCAACUCCUAAAUAAGAUUAAUAAAGAGCCUUGAGCUAUGGAAGAUAUGUGUGGCUUGUAUAAAAUAACCAGUACCAUUCAUUCAUUAUUACUAUGUUUAUUUUUUAAAGAUUACUAUUAGGCAUUAGGACGUACCAAUUGUCCUUCUAUAGAGUACGUAUGGUAAUAAUCUUUUUUUGCACAAUCAUACCUUCUCCUUAUUGAUUAUACAUAUGCUUUCUGCCUCUCGAAUUACAUUUUCCCAACCGAAAGGAAGAAGUAGCUAGUAAUCAAUUAACUGAGUUGCCAAGAAGAAGACCGAAUUAUAUACCUUAACAAAUAAGUAAGGCUUCGGUCAAACUGAAAGAGAAGAGAAUAGAAGAAAAGUAAAUGCUAAUGACAUUUAUAGCCGAGCUUUAAUUUCCUGAAACCACACAUGGCACGUCGAUUUGGACUUCAGCCAAAAUAAUGAAAGGAUCUCUGAGCUGCAGCACCUACUGUUCAUGCUUCUUGUCAGUUUUAUUGUUAUACUAUUUGAUCACUGUUUGCUUUUACAUUUUUCUGUAAUACUGUAUGUAUUCUUACUCUGUAAUUUUUAUAAAUGAAAUUUCUGUCUAAUGAGAAAAAAAGAAAACCAUUACGGGCUAUCGGUUGCUUCUCGCAAACUGACGGAGAUAGAACUAACUAAUGUACUUUUCUCUACCAAAAAAAAAAAAAAAAAAAAAAAAAAGAGGAAAAAGAAAAUGAAAAAUUGAAUUGUCUGAAGAAACAAAGAAUUUUCUGCCACCAAACAAGUUUUGAUUUGGUCAAGCUGAAAACGAAGAUACUAUAACACAAGACAUGUCUUGGAUGAUAUUGCCGCACUCCCAAGUAAUUAGGGAAAUUAAACUCAUUGUGGGCUGUGCUAGCUUCGCAUCUAAGUGCAUGAAUGCUACAUGUCAUAGCGUAUUAGCAUGGAAUUUCCUUGCUAUACUAACUAGGUCACUUAUUAGUAACCACGUACUGUUCUAUCUUUCAUUUGAAGUAGUAGUUUCAUAUGCUCUUCCUCCUGGCACAGAAGUAAACUCUUCUUUCAUCCUUUUAUAUACUUUUCCAGUCCUGAGAUCUUAUAUAUAAACAAGAAAUAUCCUGUUGAGACUGGAGGCAACCCGAUACCACUAGACAGACAGAUGAGGAAGCACGCUUCAGUACUUGUCAUCUCUUUCUCUUUUCUUGUCUUUAUCUUGUUAACAAGAACGACAAUGGCACAGAACACAGCAGUGUCUGUGAAUAUAGGAGUGGUUCUUGACUUAGAGCAUUUGGCAGGCAAGAAAGGACUGAGCUGCAUCAACAUGGCCCUGUCAGACUUCUAUGCUAUCAAUGGUCAUUAUAGGACAAGGUUGGUCCUGAAUACCAGGAACUCCAUGGACGAUGUGGUUGGUGCAGCUGCAGCAGCACUGGACUUGGUAAAAAAUAUGGAAGUGCAAGCAAUUAUAGGACCAACAACAUCUAUGCAGGCUGACUUUGUUAUUGAGCUUGGACAAAAAGCUCAAGUACCCAUCAUAUCCUUUUCCGCGUCAACUCCUUCUCUUACUUCUAUCCGGAGACCAUAUUUCUUCAGAGCAACACAAAAUGAUUCAACUCAAGUGGGUGCCAUCGCUGCACUAAUUCAAGCUUUUGGGUGGAGAGAAGCAGUGCCCAUUUACGUUGAUAACGAGUAUGGCCAAGGAGUCAUACCUUAUUUAACUGAUGCUUUGCAAGCAAUUGAUGCCCGAAUCCCUUACAGGAGUCUAAUCUCUUUCUCCGCUACUGAUGACCAAAUUGCUGAAGAGCUAUACAAGUUGAUGAGUAUGCAAACUAGAGUUUUUAUCCUGCACAUGCUACCCUCUCUCGGCUCUCGGCUUCUCACUAAAGCAAGAGAGGUUGGAAUGAUGAGUGAAGGCUAUGUUUGGAUCAUGACAAAUGGGAUGUCCGAUUACUUGCGUUCUCUAACCCCUUCUGUUAUCGAAUCAAUGCAAGGUGUAUUGGGUGUUAGACCUUAUGUUCCAAAAACUAAAGAGCUGGAAAUUUUUUACGUUCGAUGGAAAAGCAAAUUCCUGCAAGAUAACCCAGGAACUGUCGAUGUUGAGUCGAGCAUUUACGAACUAUGGGCAUAUGAUGCUGCUAUUGCGUUGGCCAUGGCAAUCGAGAAAGCUGGGGCUGCAAAGAUUGACUUCCAGAAAGCAAAUACUUCCAGCAAUUCAACAACUGACCUUACCACUUUUGGGGUCUCUCUAAAUGAUCCGGACCUUCUUCAGGCAUUGUCAAACACUGGCUUCAAAGGCCUUGCAGGAGAUUUCCUUUUCGUUAAUGGGCAGCUACCAUCGUCGGCUUUCCAGAUAAUUAAUGUAAUUGGUGAUGGAGCAAGAGGACUUGGAUUUUGGACACCCCAAAAGGGACUUACCAAGAAAUUGAACUCAGUGGCAGUCACAAAUUUGUAUUCUACUUCUGAAUCCAAUCUUGCACCAGUGAUAUGGCCUGGGGAUUCAUCUUCUGUUCCCAAGGGAUGGGAGAUUCCAACAAAAGGGAAGAAGUUGCGAAUUCUAGUGCCAGUGAAAGAAGGUUUUAAUGAAUUUGUAAAGGUGACAAGAGAUCCUAGUACUAAUACCACAACUGUCAGAGGCUACUGCAUUGAUGUUUUUGAUGCUGUAGUGAAAGCAUUACCUUAUGCUGUGACUUAUGAAUACACCCCCUUUGUCAAUCCUGAUGGAAGCAGUGCAGGAACUUAUGAUGAUCUAGUCUAUCAAGUGUACACUGGGGAAUUUGAUGCUGUGGUGGGAGAUACAACUAUAAUCGCAAACAGGUCCUUGUAUGUGGACUUCACAUUUCCUUACACAGAAUCAGGAGUAUCAAUGAUAGUGCCAAUCAAGGACAACAAUAGUAAAAAUGCAUGGGUUUUCGUGAAGCCUUUAACAUGGGAUCUUUGGGUAACAAGCUUCUGUUUCUUUGUUUUCAUUGGUUUUGUGGUCUGGGUUCUAGAACACAGAAUAAAUGAAGACUUUAGAGGACCUCCUUCACAUCAAGCCGGCACUGCGUUCUGGUUUUCCUUCUCGACCAUGGUUUUUGCCCAUCGGGAAAGAGUGGUUAGCAACUUGGCUAGACUAGUAGUUAUCAUAUGGUGUUUCGUUGUAUUGAUUCUCACUCAAAGCUACACAGCCAGUUUAACAAGUCUCCUGACAGUCCAGCAGCUCAUGCCUACUGUGACUGAUGUUCAUCAGCUCAUUAGCAAUGAAGAUAACGUAGGCUACCUUCAGGGUUCUUUUGUUUUGGGAAUCCUAAAAGGGUUGGGUUUCCAUGAAUCCAAAUUCAUUAGCAAUUCUACUGAAGAUAACGUAGGCUACCUUCGUAAAGGAACUAGGAACGGCGGCAUUGCUGCUGCAUUUGACGAAGUACCAUAUAUUAAGCUGUUUUUAGCACAGUAUUGCUCCAAGUACACCAUGGUUGAACCCACAUUUAAGACAGGUGGCUUUGGAUUUGUGUUCCCUAAAAGAUCUCCAUUAGUACCUGAUGUCUCAAGGGCAAUCUUGGAUGUGAUUCAAGGAGAUGACAUGAAGAAAAUUGGAGAAGCAUGGUUUGGAAAGCAAAGCAGCUGUCCAGAUCCUAGCACCACUGUUUCUUCCAAUAGCCUUAGUCUCAGAAGUUUCUGGGGGUUAUUUUUAAUUGCUGGAACAGCUUCAGCUUUAGCUCUCAUGAUAUACGGAGCCAUGUUCACCUAUGAGCAUUGGCAGAUUAUCAGGCGUUCUGAUUCAGAAGCUAGAAUAUGGAGUAGAAUUGUUCAUUUGUUGAGAAUAUUUGACGAAAAAGACUUGAAAUCACACACUUUCAGAAAGAGUGAAGCGAAUGAGAUAAGUAUGGGUGCUCCAAGUCCGUCAAUCUAUUCAGUCCAGACAGAUUUUCCUGGGGAACAGGGCACACCUUCUGCAGAAUAUGGCGAUCCAAAUCCAGAAGAGCAACCAACUCAAGCAGUAGUGCUAAACAUUGAGCUUGUCAACUCAAAUCAAGAUUCAAGAGAAUAGCCAACAACUUGAAAUAGUCUGUUACAACUACUAAUUGGUAGAUUAUUAGCAUUGCUUAUAUGACAUUUGUAACACCAUCAUCCAUAGUUGUAUACUAAACUAGGAUUUUAGCAAUGUAAAUAUUAUUACUUGUGGACUACGAAAUGUCUCUUCGUUUAGGUUUUGGAGGACCUUGUUAAUCUGGUUACUGCAUGUAAAAUGAUAUAUUUUCCCUUUA